AUGCCUGCUCGACUGCUCAAUCAAGCCACUUGGAACCUGUUGCAUCGACCAUCAUCUGCGUUAAAAUCGUAUCCGGAUCAAAUGCUUCGCACUGCCUACUUCCAUUCCUCCAAUGCAGUUUUAUGGACUCUUUUGUUGGAUUCGUUCAACACACUGCUAUUGCACAGUUCCAUCAGCACGACAAGUGCGCAUUCGGUAGAGCUGACGGGCGCGCUUAACCUAUAUUUAAUGUUGUUCGGGGAGGCUAAUUUCGACCCAUCUAAUUUCUGUUCACCGGAUUCGUCGAACUUCGUGUUAAACGAGGCAGUUCUGGAACACAUACUAAAUGAAAUCGGCUUUAGCAAUGAUCUCCCGGAUUCAUUGGAGUCUCCCAAAUCGCAUGUUUUUAAAUUGGUCCCAUUAGUUCUGCGAGUUGUGGCCGCGGUUUGCUGCAAAUCCCCAUCUGCCUGUUGCUAUCUGUUAAACUCCAGCAAAUUCCUCCGGUUUUUCGAUGCACUGCUCCAACGACCAGAUUUGCAAUCAGUGACCAGUGGCCCCGUUUGUGUGCGAGCGAUGAGGGUGUUACUCACCUGUUUUGCUUUCGCUCCGAUUGAAACGAACACGGACGGAAUUCAUCCGUUCGAUCUUUUCUGUGUAGACCGAGUGAUUCGUUUCCUUGGACCGCCACACGUGCCUGGUUCCCGCGAUUCCAAUGAAACCCUCUCUUACGAAUCGACACCUCCGCAAUCCAGCACACUUGGCUUGAUUGAACUGCAGGAUUUGUUCAUUCGUAUUACCUGUAACCGCUUGGUGCCAACACCGGAGAACCCAGCGUGUGAUGAAUCCACCACCGCGCGGCCAUCAGUGAUCGCGCAUUGUGCCCCGCACACGAUGCAUGCUCUGGACCAAACCGUUCGAUGCGAAGUUGCUCUUCGUGCUCUUAACUAUCUGCAUUAUCAUCUCGUCCAGCUAAACAUCCUGUGCAAAGAUCCGCUGGCACGUCUGUUCUCCGCGACUCCAGCCACACCAAUUGACGAGCUGUACGAUUGGCUGCAGCUCCAUUGUACAUCUGAAUCCGGUGAUCAAAUUCGAACCCAUCAGGACUGUCAAACCCAUGUGCCUCGAACUAAAUGUUGUAUGUUCAUCGAUGCCCCAUCCGUUCAUCCAUCGUCGGAGUCCCGAGAUCCAAAUCCGCAAAUCGAUCGACUAGUUGGUCUUAGUAGACUAUUUUACGAAUUUUUGCACAGUCUCGAACCGGAACACAUCCUACCAUCGUCACUUGGUCGUCAUUUCAUGGUUAGCCUGAUGGACUUGGUUUGGCUUAGUCAUGCUCCUCAGUCUGUUUGUCGUAUGAUAACUAUGGCUUCCCUCGCUGGUGGUUGGGUCACACUGAAUCGAUUUGCUAACCAAUUAUUAGACGGUAUACGUCCCCAAACCAUUAUGGAUUGGCUCGUUUGUAGCUUGCAUCUGUUACUUAUGAAACAUGAUCCGGCCCGAAGAUGGUUCCUAAGGAAGUUAGGUGAUUCUGAAUCGUCAACUCCUCUUCCUUGUUUGCUCCUGCUGCUGCUCGCUUAUUGUCAUAUCGAAACUGCAGGGCAGUCCGAUCGACUGAUUGAAAGUGCUAUCGAUUCGUUCUUGAAUCAAUCCGAACUGGAUCCGGUUAUGCUCACCGCCGCUGUGCAGAAGUUAAACACGUCACCGAUUGAACGCGGAUCCGGCGCAUCCGAACUAGGUCAGGUCUUCACCACGCCACCGGUACUUUGUACUCCGCAAUCAAACGCUCGCCUCCCGGUGUCUCCACUGACUCUGUCCGUCCCGGCUGGCAUGUCGGGCCCAUUGGCCGCAUUCGGUGAAGCCGCUGUUGAGCACUGGCAACGCAUUUGUAAAUUGCCUCAUCCUCCUCCCGUUUCUCCGAGCGUGUGUUGUGAUGUAUUCUCAGAUAAAUCACACAGUGUCAUACGUGGCAGGCUUCUGAAAGAUUUUGCGCCUCUCGCUUGGUUCUAUGCCGGCGAGACAGAGCAUGAUCUGUCUUCAUGGAGACCGCUCGUUGCCCAAUCUGGCGCAUCUGUUCCGCAUAAAGGAUCUUUCCCCAAACCAGACUGUCAACAAACGGCCACCGUUGAGUUGACGGAAUCCUGUUCCGCUGAUCUCGACCGUCCGAACUCAGAAAGUCGACCACAACUAAUCUGCGACUCGUCUAACCUCGGCUGUGCUGGGAGCGCGGUAAAUUUAACGAUCCGUCUACCGUGUUUGGUCUGGUUGCAACGAAUUGAACUGUUUUCGUUCACAAUACACGAGCGCUAUCAAGGCCCCUCUGCUGUUUUGGUGGACUUCUAUAGGGAACUGCCACGAUCGCCCAAUCAAGCGCUGGUUGGAGUAUUCACUCAAGCUGGUUUCGAACCAGCGUGUCAGUCGUUUUCUAAUGACGCUGUUCCUCUAACCACAAGUUCUCCUGUCGGCCGACGACCGGAUCAUGCAGUGCUGGAGUUCCAGCCAUGUCUCACCAACCGCUUAGUCAUUAGAUUACAACACUCACUUGAACGGGGCAAGUCAUUGGCACUGAGGAAACUCCGCCUGUUAGGUUAUCACAUAAAUGACGGAGAUUGGAACGAAGAACGAUUGAUCUCUCUCAAAGCACUCCCGACCCCAUCGGAAUUCACCCGAAUGUCCAGUUCCAUUGCCUUGUUGCAUGUGAUUCACAAUCACGUAAUUCUGAGCACGGUUCCAAAAUCAGCAAUCGUCCCAACCUUGGUCGAUCGUCUUCUCUGGCCGCUUUUAAGCGUCAGUAUGCAACCCUAUAGAAUUGCUGAAAUGAAUCGAAUUGCUUCCCUACUGGCAUGUGAUGUUGGCUCGCAAUCGUCUACCUUCUCAGACCUGGUGAGGAUCAUCGGUUCUGUGACCGCGAGUCAGGACACCGUCAGUAACCAGACACCCGGACCUAAAUUAAUAGCUAAUUGGUUAGAGCCGUUGGACUCAAAGUGUGAUGGCACUCGUGAUUCGUCGAUCUGUUGGACUCAAUCCUCGUUUGCUGCGGUUUUGGCCGAACGUGUGCUUAUUCGGUUAAUGGCUGCCUGUACCAUACAGCCUCUGGUAUUGCUGGAUUAUGUGCUUGCACGGCUGUUAUUUGAUGAUGAGUUUAUUAACCUCGUUCAAUUUGCAGCUGAUUUUCAACUCGCCACCGAUUCCUUGGACACAACCAGCCAAUCUGUCGAAAUAAUGUGCUCCCAAUUGCAAACCACAGCAUCGACCACAUCGAGUACCAGUCAGCGUUUACUUGCUUUUCUGUGUCUGCACACAGACUCCGGCCAGUCUGCCCGUUUAAGGUGUGUACUGCGAUGGGUUGGUCGUGUUUGCUCGCUCUACACCGAAGGCUCCAAACUGGCCAAUCCGCAGGUAUUCUAUACCACCGAAAUGCUUCAUGUUCUCUCUGGUGUAUUGUGGAAUCUCGGCAAUUCCUCGCCGGUUUUGGGUGCACCAGAUUGGAGGAAAGAGUUGACAGUCGAGUUGGUGCGCCGCGUUCACUUGGCUUGCGUUCAUACAUGGGUCCGUGUGCAGACACAACAGCAUUCCUCCAUCGAAUUGCACUCAUUCGCAAUGUCGUUGAGUCAAGUGUUGUGCGCUAUGUGCACUCUUCAUCCGGAACUCGGUCUUGAUCUGCUUGUUGAUCUGAUUUCUAAUCGGUGUCACGUGGACCAGGUGCCAGACGAGGUGGAAUUUGCCCAACAGCUUCGAGUCAUCACAUUCGUCAUGCAAUCCCAACCGGUAAUUGAUCGCCUGAUCAGUAGUGCGACGCAAUCAACAGAAUUGUCGAAAACUGUCGAUUGUCUGACCGAAUGCUGCGAUUGGUUAAAUUCGUAUUUCCGGGAUCAGCUUCCGGGCUGUACCGCAUCGCACUCCACAGUUAUGGCUGUUCGACGCCUUCAAGUGAUUACUCGACUACUGGAACCGGAACGACCGGAACCGUUACGCAAAUACUUGAGUCAGGUGGUUUCUGAAAAAUUGUUGUUGACUCUGUUCAAUCACUGUGCCAAUGAAGCAGAUGCUAUUACGAUUCUGACUUCAAUCUACUCAACAAAACUCUCUUCCUGUUCGAAUACGCCCGUGAAAACAUUCACUGCUUUCCGGGACCAGUUCCGGUCGAUCGUGAUCGAUUUGUUUCAGGCACUUAGUUUUCCACUACGUACACCCGAUCCGAAUGAUCCACAACGUCGGAUGGCCUCUUUGAUCAGGGAUAAACUGCGUCAUAUCGUGGAAAAUCGAGGUGGGUGA